CUCAUCUCCAUCCACAGUUGCUAUAUUUGGCUGUCGAUUCUCCUUUCCGGGUACUACUCCCUCUUCCUUAUCCACCCCCACUGCUUUAAGACCCCCGAGUUUUCUCCACAAACCAUUUGCCAUUCGUCGCUGCUUCCACCAUGGCCGCAAAUUCGCCUCUUGCUGACUCGUUCCGCCCCAGAUCCGAUACCAGAAGGAUACGACACCACCACGACGAGCAGGCCUCCAUCCACAAAGAUUCCAUAUUCGAGACUGCCUGGAGCAAGCUCGAUCCGCAGCAAUCGGGCCAAUUAGCAUUGCACAGGCUCGCUGACUUGAUCAGGAUGAUCGAGCUCGAGCUCUUAGGCGAAGACUCACCAGCGCCAUUUUUCACUCACGACCCCAUAAUCAGCCAUCACAUCAGUCUCACUGUCAAAAACCUUGAGAACACCUUUGAAAGGUGUGGAAACGAGCUUUUGAUUUCCAAAAAUGACAUGUUCCGUUUGAUGGAAAAUGUGCUUGAAGACAUCAAGAUUUUCGAUUACGAUAACAUGAAGCUUUAUGGAGACUUUGACGACUACUACCAGGACCAACCAGUGAGAUAUUACCAGGACAACUUUAACAAUUUGAUUGUUAAGAGUGGCCGAGCCUCCGCCAGGUACCCAGAUAUUGAGUACGAUGCGACCAUCGAUGCCCUCGUAACCCAAGUGGACGAUAUGCUAGCAGAGAACCAAAUGACUGAUGAUGAUUACGAUGAUACUGCGUCCUUAAUGGAAACAGCACACUCGGAUGGGUCUCCUGCGACCCUCUACGAUAAGGACACCGAGCUGUUGGACGAUGUGGGGAUUUCCAAGAAGCUGUCCCUCGACCUAAAUAUAAAGGAAGGAAGUGAUAAGUUCACGGGCUUCGAAUUGAAGAAAUCCUUGGAAGAUCUACAACAAUUCCACACCAAUCUUGAGGGUAAAUUCAAAAACAUCGAAAUCGAACUUAACCAGAUGAGCAACCAGAAUAACCACGACUUUAAGAACUUGAUUAGUCUCAACAGUCAGAAUAAUCGUAUGAUUGAAAGGGUUGGGUCUUUGAGGUCUGAGCUAAUGAAUAUCAGCUACCAAUUGCAAGAAGUCAAGAAACCUGGAUCUGCGCCAAUCAUAGAAGACCCACAACCUAUCAAGGAAAGCAUAGACUUGACCACUACCAUUAACACCCACAAGGAUGACGCAAUUAUUCAAAAAAUAAUAAAUAAAGGCAAUGAAUCGAUACCAGCCCAUGAAGUCAGUCCCCAUCAUUUGCAGACACCUAUACCUUCAAAUGAUAUCGAAGAGGGAACCAUAACACAUACAGUGCCAACACCAACCACAUCAGCUAAUAAAAUAACCACAAUUCAAGUUGCAAUACCCAAAAAAACAAUAGCUGAACCAGAAGAUGCCACAACAGAAUCCCAGAAACUUGCUCCAGGAACAUAUACCCAAGCUCCGCACAAUAAUACCCAGAUCAAUGGUUACACACUAGCACUUAUCGUGGCAAUUCUUGCCAUGGUUCUUCUGAUUAUUUCUCUAUCCAAUUAGUCAGAUCUGCUACAUAUUUUCUCGAUACAUUGCUAUGAACGAUGCUAAGAAUAUAGGUAAAAACAUACUAGUACACAGUUAGAUGCAAUAAUAAUCUCUGCAAAAU